AUGUCAUUCCUGCGCUUGUCUUCGCUCGGCCGCUUGCGUUCACAGCUUCAGACUCGUUGUCUGUCCACAUAUGGCCACUCGUUUGAGUUUGAGUCACGUCAUGAGUAUAUGGAGUAUCUACAGAAGUACCAGAGUCGUCUACCAUGGGGAUUUUCUGUAGCGACGACAAAGUUUGACUUUGUCCCACAAGAAGCGCCCCAUUUGCCGUCUCAGAUGACGUUGACGCUCAUUAAACCGGUCAAACCGACGUCCCUUUUUGCUGCGGUGUUUACACAGAAUGCGUUCCCAGGAGCACCCGUGCUUGUGGGUCGUAAACGGCUACAGGAGCCGAAAUUAGGAGCUAUUCUGAUCAAUAACAAGAUUUCGAACGUCUGUGCCAGUGGCGGUGGUGUUGCAGACGCAGAGGAAGUCUGUGAUAAUCUAGCCAAGCACUUGAGACUGGACGGAGGGACCCAAGUGCUGCCCUGCUCUACGGGUGUCAUUGGCUGGCGUAUCCCAGUGGACGAGAUGGUGGAAAACCUUCCCAAGCUUAUCAAAAAUUUGCAAUCUGACUCGGUACUACCUGCUGCUGAAGGGAUCAUGACUACUGAUUUGUACCCAAAGAUCCGCUCUAUUGACGUGUGUGGAGGUAGAAUUGUCGGCAUUGCCAAAGGGGCCGGGAUGAUUGAACCUGAUAUGGCUACGAUGCUGUCGUAUAUUCUUACUGAUCUUUCGAUACCGCGUGAUGUGUUGCGUCAACUGCUGACGGAGGUGGUUGGAGACACGUACAACUCGCUCAGUAUCGAUACGGACCAAAGCACGUCGGAUACGGUGACACUCGUGUCGUCAGACCAGAUCCCGUUUGACAUGAAGCAGCUGGACGAAUUCAAGAAGGCGCUGCAUAAGGUCUGCCUCGGACUGAGUGAAGAUAUUGUCCGCAAUGGUGAGGGUGCACACCAUGUCAUGCGGGUGACCGUGAGUGGCGCGUUAUCGAAAGACAUGGCAAAAGGUGUCGGCAAGUCCGUGGUGAACUCGCCUCUGCUUAAGUGUGCAGUGGCUGGCAACGAUCCGAAUGUGGGCCGUCUUCUCAUGGCUGUGGGCAAGUACAUGGGCUUGCAUCACAAGGAUGUGAGCAUUCAGCAUCGUAUGAAGAUCCGAAUGGGUGGUGUGGUCAUUUUCGAAAAUGGCGAGAUGGUGCUGAAUGAUGAUAUUGAAGCCAAACUUGUGGCUCACAUGCGUGGCGCGAUGCUGAUUGAGUCCACGCGGGGUGGACUUGAUGCCAGCUCGCACAACUAUCCGCCUCACGGGAAGUUUGUCGAGAUUGAGAUUGAUCUGGGUGUUGGAUCCGAGGAAACUCAAGUACUGGGUAUCGACCUUACUCACGAGUACGUGGCCAUCAACGCCGACUAUCGAUCGUAG